AUGCUGCUUGUGCUUCGGCAGCAGCUGAAGUUCCGGAGCUUCUUGAGGAAAUCUCGCAAUUCCCCACGAGCCGGUGGCUCCACGCCGCCGCCCUUCUCCUCGGUCACCGCGGCGGCGGCGUACGACCUCUUCCGGGGCGUGUCAGGGUCGGAGGACGACCGACUUGCGGAAGAGGAGUUUCUCUCGUCGAGGCUCGGGGUCGUCGGCGCCGGCCAGCAUGGGGCGUCUCCGCCGCCGCCGCUCUCUUCUCAGCCCGGUGAAGCUCCGGCGGAAGACGAGUCUGUACUGGACGGGGCGCGUGUGGGAGCGGCGAUGGCUUGCUCCUCCUCCUCCCCCGGUGAUCCGAGGCUCUCUCUUCUGUCGGAAUGCUACGACCUGGCGAGAUCAGGGCGGCGGAGGGAGUUGAAGAGGACGCUGCAUCACCUGGUGCGCAGAGAAGGUAGGGCUCCUGCAAAUUACUUCUCCUCGCCAUCUCUUCACCUGACUAUUCGGUCUGAAAUCUCCCAGUUCGAUCUGAACUUUCACUCUCAGGAUAUGGUUCAGCGGCUUCCCUGUGCAAAUCACUUCUGGAUUGCUUCGGGGGCAGGGACGGAGAUGUUGAUCUCGUGUGGGAUUCUCUGGUUGAAGUCUACGCCCGACGUGAGAUGCCCCGAGAUGCGCUCUUCGUCUUCGAUGAGAUGAAUCUUCGGAGCGUGAGUUCAUCCGCCGACGCUUGCCAGAGCUUGAUGCACAGUCUGAGGAACACCGACAUGGUCUGGGAUCUGUACGAGAAGAUCCGCAGGCCGCAGGGGAUUCUCAGCAGCAGCUGCAUUCAUGGCGCCCUUCUAGGCCAUCUCUGCAGGCACGGCUGGAUGAAGGAGGCCGUCUCUUUGUUCCAAGACAAGAGAGGGAGUGGAGAACUCCAGCCCUGCCUCACCGUCUUCAACGCCAUGAUAGCAGGGUCUUCUACCUUCGUUGCCAAAUCGUUUCUCUCCCUGAUGAUCAGAUCUGGGUUCCCCCCCGACGAGACCACCUACAAUUCUCUCAUCCAGAGGCUGUCUUUGGAGGGUUCUCUGGAGGAAGCUCUGGCCCUGUCGGCAGCCAUGGAACAGGAGGGCAUGGAGAACGGCGUGGCCACAUUCAACGCCCUCAUCUACGGCUUCUGUCUGCAUCGGAUGAUGAACAUGGUCUGGAAGGUCGUCAAGAUGAUGCUCACCAGAGGUCUCAGCCCGGGCUAUCUCACAUACAGGGCCCUGAUGAUCGGCCAUUUCCAGAGCGGCAAUGUAGAAGAAGGGCUGAAGCUCAAGGAUGCCAUCCUCGCCAGGGGAUUCCAGAUGAACAUCAUCACCUACAACAUUCUCCUCCAUUCCCUCUGUGAAGCGGGUCGACUGGACGAGGUAGAGAGGCUGCUGACUGAGAUCCGCCGCCACGGCCUGGAGCUCGAUCACGUCGCUUACUCCACCCUGAUCCAUGGUUUCUGCAAACUGGGGGAGACCCACAGGGCACUGGAGCUCUCCCGGGCAAUGGCUACCAGAGGGAUCGCCCCCAAUUCAUACAACCACUUGUCGGUGCUCCUGGCGCUGUGCGGCAAGAACCUGCUGCGGGAGGCCAGACAGUACCUGUGCCACCUCCGCCGAGAAGCCCGGCAGGUGGAUGCCGUCCUGUACAAUGCAGCAGUGGAUGGGCAUGCCAAGGCAGGGGACCUCAAUGGAGCUCUCUUACUGUUGGGGGAGAUGAUGAAAUCAGGCAUAUCUCCGACAGUCGUCACCUUCAAUUCCCUCGUCCAUGGGCUGUGCUGCUGUGGGAAACUUGCAGAGGGCAGGGCCCUGAUGGCGGCCAUGGUGCGCCAGGGGCUUGCUCCCAAUGCAGUCUCCUACACGACUCUGCUGGAUGCUUACUGCAGGGAAGGAGACGUCGGUGCCAUGGUCGACCUCUUUGAUGAGAUGGUCGGCAGGGGGGUUGCACCCAACACUGUCACCUACAGCGUGAUUAUGAAGGGCUUCUGCAGGGCCGGGCAGCUCGGGAAGGCGGCGGCGGUGCUCAAGGACAUGCAUGCCAAGGGAAUUCCUGCAGAUCAGAUCGCCUUCAACACGCUCAUACAGGGCUUCUGUGAGGCGAGGGAUGUGGGGAUGGCCCUCCAUCUGCACGACGAAAUGCUCAAGCACGUUCGGCCCACCCCGGUGACCUACAACCUGCUGGUCAACGCCCUCUGUGUCUCCCAUAAUCUGUGCGCUGCGGAGACCCUUGUGGGGGAUCUGCUGGAGAAGGGCGUCCGGCUGAGGAAGUUCGCCUUCACCGCCCUGAUCAAGGCGCAGUGCGUGGUGGGCAGCCCUCAGAAGGCAGUGCUCCUCUUCCAGAACAUGAUUCAGGCUGGUUUUGAUGCCUCGGUGGAGGAUUACACGGCUGUGAUCCACCGGCUAUGCAAGCGGCGCCGCCUGAAAGAUGCCAAGGUCUUUCUGAACAUGAUGUUGCGAGCUGGGGUUCAUCCUGACCAGAUGCUCUUUGAUGUUGUGCAUGAAGCUUUCAGCAGAGGAGAUGAUCGUCGGUCGAUGCUAGCUUGGCAAGGGAAGAUCCUUAUGAGUGGUUUGCCGUCCAAAUAG